AUGCCAUCAGUAGCGCUAGGCCUCGGGGCCUGCGCCCUAUCAUCGCUGUUCUUUGGGUCAAUGUUUGUCGUGGUAAAGCGAUAUAAGUCUGGAGAUGGUCUAUUCGUUCAAUGGGUGAUGGCAGCGGCAAUUCUGCUGGUCGGGAUGACCGUGAAUGUAUUCCAAGGAUUUCCACCUUUCCAUCCACUUGCCAUGCUUGGUGGAGCUUUUUGGGCUAUAGGAAACGCCACUGCCAUCCCAAUUAUGAGCCAGCUAGGCAUCGGCCUUGGAAUGCUAAUUUGGGGAAUUACGAAUUGCGAUCGUGAUGAAGAAGCCGACGCGGAAACUCCUUUAAUCCAACAAACUGUAAAUCCUUAUCGUGUACAAAAACGGAUGAUUGCUAUCGGAACUGCCCUUUGCGCUGGUGUGCUUUAUGGAGUCAAUUUUGUGCCGGUUAUUUAUAUGCAAGAUCAUCCUGAACUGUACCCCGACGCUUCCAAAAAUGGGCUAGAUUUUGUAUUCUCCCAUUUUUGCGGAAUCUUCGCAGCAGCAUCUGUCAUCUUUGUUUUGUAUGUUGCAUACAGCCAAAAUCAGCCCUACAUUAAUGCGUCAAUUGCGGGACCAAGUUUGAUAGCAGGGACAAUGUGGGGAAUCGCGCAGACGUCCUGG